GGUAAAUCGUAGUGCAGUUUGCAGUAAUUGCAAUUCGUGUAAGUCUUCCAUUAAUUGGUUUCUUGUGUGGACGAAAGUAAGUUGGGUAAAUUUCUUUAACUAAUAUCGUAUGUUUCGUUUUACUAGUCAUAUGGGAACGGCGUGGAAAUACAUAAUAAAGGAGAAUUUAUAUGCACAGCUAAAAGCAUUCCACCCUUUGUUGCUAGGGUAGAGACAGCACUGAAUCAUCCAGUCGUUUUUAUUCCACUAUCAGUUUUAAUGCAUUUUAACUCUGAAUACAACGGACAUCCAAGAAACUCAAAGUUUUAGGCACAAAAUGGCUGGAGUAAAGAAACAGACGUUGCAGGAAUUUAACGACAGUAUACUCGCGCUGCUGGAGUGUCCCGUCUGCUUGAAGUACAUGGAGUCUCCCAUCAGGCAGUGCAAGAACAGCCACAGCAUCUGUUCGCAGUGCGCCACUCAAAUGGCCACGUGCCCCACUUGUCGCGGAGAGAUCAUCGACAUGAGGUGUCUCCCGCUAGAGCACCUCACGGAGCGAGUGUUGCUCAGGUGCGAGUUCGCGGACUCGGGCUGCAGCAAUCAGCAGCUGAUGAAGGACAUGCCUGCCCACGUACUGGUCUGCCCGUACCGCAGCUAUAUGUGCCCCUUGUACGGGUUCGAUUGCAACUGGAAAGGCAAGCGCAGCGACAUCUACGCCCACGUGGGUGUGCUGCACGAGGACUUCAGACUGGCAUGCGGAGACGACGGCAUCGUCGGAAAAACACUGGAAGAUUUGGAUUUCGGCACGGAGUUCGACGAGUGCUACGUCAUCUCCUACGCAGGGGAGUGUUUCUGGCUGCGCGAGGCAUGCCGCCCGGACGCUGGGAAGUUCUUCGUGAUGGUGCAGUACAUCGGCCCCGUGAUCACUGCGAGCAACUUUACGUACGUCGUCGACUUGUCGGGCACGAGAGUGAGGUAUCUGCACCAAACAACCACUCACUGCGACACGGAGACGGUGAAUGACAUCGUCGCCUCCGGCAACUGUGCUUGUGUCUCUAUACCGAUUCUACAGAGCCUGGUUGAGGAAGAUUCCUUUAAGUAUGAAAUACAGAUCAAAGGAUCCUCAGCCUAA